UGUCUAUGGUCAGUUGUGUGCACAUCACUAUGUCGGCCGGUCGUGUCGAUUGUGUUGUUGUGAUAAAAUUUAUUCUGUCAAAUAAAAGCGAAUGUUGUGGUUCUUCGCUAUCGUGCGCUCGGUUUGUUUGUUAAAUUUCGGCUAAAUCGACGAUACUGUUUUUGUUAUUGUGCCACGCGCCCCAAAAUGAAAACACUGAAUAAAUUAUUUCAUUAAUUCUUUAGUGUCGUCCCGAUAUCCACAGCUGUGGACGUGAGAAGGUGCAAUCGUGCAAAAUUGGCUUUUUGUGUUGAAAUAUCUCUUUUGGAUUUGCAAAAUAGAUCGCUUUGCAAGGUCGUGAUAACAGUCCGAAAUGUGAACUGAUAUUUAGAUACACUCUUACACCAAGAGUUGUUUUCUAAGUUGAGUGAUUAGUGAGUGAGUGCAAGAUGGGGUCCUAUGGGGUGACCCUGGCAGACUUGCCGAACAUCUUCAUCAUGAUAGCGGCCCUCGUGUCCCUGUUCAUUGUGCUGGUCAUAUUCCUCAGGAACAUGGAGGUGAUCGGCAUAGUGGGUGAGGGAGCCCGGGAGCCGUGGCCGCGGGGCGUGCAGCCGCCGCGUCUGCUGAUGCAGCGCGUGCACAUCCCCUUCACCUUCAAGCUGCUCGAGGACAAGCCCGUCGGGUACGACGGUGUCCACUGCAGCGUAUCUUCAACAGUGCGCUACUGGCACGCGGCGUGGUGGGGCGCGCCGGCGCGGGACCUGCACGCCACGCUGUGGGGCUCGCUGCCCGACAUCCUCGCCUCGAGGCAGUUCAAAUAUGAAAAAAGCGGCCCUCACGAGGAGAGGCAGCUGAGCCUCAGCAACCCUCCGCUGACGCUGGGCGGCCCGCCCCGGAGCUGCUACCCGCUGGUGGUGAUCCUGGCGAGGGACCUGCGUGAUAAUGACCAUCUGCGGCCUGAUGAUACGGUGGCGCUGGUGAGCGUGAUCCACAUCCAGGACGAGCAGUGCUCGCUGCCCAGCGGCGUCAUCGCGCAGUACCUGAAGCAGGCCAAUGGGAACCUCUCCUGUUUGAAGCGCCUAUACGUGUCCGGGGAAGGCUGCGACGGCUACGCGGCGCGCGUGUCGGACGACGCCGUGUGUUGCGUGUGCACCUCGCGGCCGCUGUCCCGCGCGCUGCUGCCGUGCCGCCACGCGUGUCUCUGCGAGGACUGUCUGCCGAAACUGGACAAGUGCCCGAUCUGCCGCAGCAUGAUCAGCAGCUACUUCUGCAUCAGGAACGACGAGGAGCCGCUGUCGGAGCUGAAGCAGCCGCCCUUCCUCAACCGACGACUCUUCAACCUGUUCCACUACCACUAGAGGGAGCUAGCGACGGAUGGUAGGGUCAAGUGUAAUGUGUGCGGAAGUGAAUUUUCGAAUCGAUUUUGGACUCAGUUUGGAAGUGAAGUUCGGUUUUCGAAAGACUUCUCGAGUGAGACUUUUUGGGUUGCGUGGGGUAAAGAGAGGAUUUUGCACUUAGUCACAGUAGUGUGAACAUUAGUAUUCGGUUGUGUUGUGGAGGGAAUAGCCUUCCAAGAAAAAAUAGUUGUAAGUGACGUGACGACAGGAACACUGUAUUAUGAGGUUGGGCAGCGUUAUGAAUCGAUAGAGUAACUAGUAUCACGGUAAAUGUGUACUGUUUGAUAUUUUGUUACCUCAAUCAAAUAUGGAUAUAAUUUCAAAUGCUUAAAAAUUAUGUGUUCUGUUAAAAUACUCAGGCACUAAAAAGAGGCUAACUUUAUUUGUCGCUUCGUUAACAACUUGUAAGUAAAAAAAAGGUAUGUGUGAGAAAAAAACCUACACUAUAACGACAUUGGAGCUCGGCCACGUCGAACUCUACUCUAUCACGUUGUGUCAGACGUGGACAUCGCUUGGCACAGAUAUGUUUCGUAACAAUUAAUGGACCCUUAGCACAUCGUACCAAAUGAGUGUGAUAUGUGAUAGUUAGCUUUUUGGUUUUAUAUUUUUAUUUAGUUAUUCCAUAAUCAAACUGACGAAUCAGAUGUUUGUGGGUCCUUAUCCCGAUAACGUUUUAUUUAUUUAGAUGUUUUAUUUACCUUUGUAUAACUAUAUGUAUUUUUUGGGUGCAAAAACAUAAUUAUGUGAAUUGUGGUAAUAGACUGUGAUAUGGAUGAUGAGUGUGUUUUGUGUAAAUAUAGAUUUUAGUACAUGAAUAUUACGAUAACUUACAGUGUAUGACACUUUCUUAUCUCAAUGUAGACUGUAGUUACUUCAAUUAAUAAACAAUAAAAAGACACUUACUAUGCAAUAACCUUUUCAAAUAUUGUAGUUAAAAUUAGCGCUCAACUGCAUAAUAUAAAAAUAUACUAACAACCACUAACAGCCAGUUAACGAAAGAAUUUUAUAAAAUAAUCUAAGAUUUAAAACAUUUUUUUGCCACAAAUAUUAAACAUUGAUUAACAAAUGUUUAAAACUAAAUUUGUCAAUUUUCUAGGCGUUUGAAAGCGCUAAACAUCUGUUAAAACUGUCCUAAGUUUUUGUGGUAAGGCCCUUAUAAAUAUUUUAAAUCUAAGGCUAUUUUUUAAAAGUCUUUCAGAAUCGGGCGGUAAGUAUCCUUAAAAUUCUCGAGUCCGUAUAAUUUGUCCCUAAGGUUUUUGUAAAUAUAUUUCUGUCCCGAGUAGUCUUCCAAUGUAUUUAGUACCCUAGUUGUAAUGCUCUAGAUCUCAUAAUCGUUUGUAACCAUUCUCAUCCUGUGAAAAUGUAGAACUAUUCCCUACCUGCUUCAUUCAAUCUGUUACUUACUUUCAACUUGACUUUG